UACGCUCAUCGUCCACUGCCACUGUGUAAACGCUCUGUCUGCCCAUUACUUUCCCUCUUGAUUUCGAGAGUAAAGAUGCAGUGGUGUAGUGUGUGGUGGAUGGUGGUAGUGAUGGUGUCAGUGGUGACAGGCGCCACCACUGACGAAGCUGACCCAACUACUGAAAAAGGCAACAGUGUUGAUGAUACCUCUGAACCCGUGGUUGGAGAAGCUGCAGAAGGGACAGCAGCAGAAACAGCAGCAGCUGCAGCAGCAGGGUCAGGAGCCGAGGCAGCAGCAGACACUGUUAGUGGAUUAUUUGGUCCACAACUGCGUAACAUCCUUGGAGCUUUAGAGAAUGUAGAUGACAUGUUGCGUAGUACAAUCCCUACAUAUGACCGCUUCCAGUGUCUGGAGCGACUCAUGUGCUCCCUCGCCACCUCUCAGUCGAACCUUCCACAACCUUCACAAUCUCCUUCACUGUCUGCACUCAGCCAAGCUCUUCAACAAGGACUCGCCCAAGGGAAUCCACAAGGACUUCAAAAUCUAGUAGCGCAGAAUCCAGCACUGCUGAAUCCAGCGCUGCAGAAUCAGGCAUUGCAGAAUUUAGUAUUGCAGAAUCCAUCAUUUCAGAAUCUAGCAUUCCAGAAUCCUGCAUUGCAAGGUUCAGCAGCGCAGAAUCCAGCAUUCCAGAAUCCUGCAGCAUUCCAGAAUCCUGCAGCACUCCAAAAUCCUGCAGCACUCCAAAAUCCUGCAGCAUUCCAAAAUCCUGCAGCAUUCCAAAAUCCUGCAUUCCAAAAUCAUGCAGCAUUCCAAAAUCCUGCAGCAUUCCAGAGACCUCCAUUUUCACCUACCACACAAUUCAAUCCUCAAUUUCAACAGCCACCCUCAGGCCAGGUUGGACAGGGUAGUUUCUCGGCUCCUCAGACCUUCCCAGGAGGAACCAACUUCCAAAACGUAUUCCCAAACUUCAGAGAAAACCCUGACACUCAAGAUCAAAAUGUAAUCAGAAGAGAAAAUGGCCCUCAGGUGCUGAGACGACGGAGGCCAAUUAGAAGACGACGACCUCAGAGAAAUGGAUUCCUGAGCUUCCUCAGUGAUCUUGGUAAGAGGAAGAAGCGUAGUGUCAUUGAUGACUUGCUUGGUGGCUUCACUUCAGAGAGGUUUCUCGGAAUAUUGGACCAGAUGAUGACCCAGUAUUCCUUCUAUCCAUAUACACACGCAGCAUACAUGGGAUACACAGGAUCUCCGGAUAGAUGUGAAACUAUGUAUCCUUCUUGCCCUACCACUCCUGAGGAGAUGAUUGACGUCUUUAACAAUAUUCAUAAAUAUUAUCCAGGUGGUGUCCCAUUCAAGGAUAAAUUGCCAUGGCCACUUAAUUUUCUCUUACCAUGAGCUAGGUAGUUCUUGGUAAAAAGAAAAUUUGCUCACUCAUUCUUAAGUAAAUGUUGAUGUUUGUCGUUGUUCAUUAGUGAAUCUGUGUGAACGUCAGUGUUUUUUUUUUUUAACUAAUACAGAAAAAGGAGGAAUUAUCCUAUUUCCAAUUGUAUAUUGUAAGUUUUGAAAUACUUGUUAAUCUACAGUAAUUCUGAAAUUCCAAGGAUUAGUAUAUUUCUUAUUGUAUAUACACUUAAGAUAUUACUUUAAUAUCUAAUUAGGGGUUAAAGUACUCCUGACUGGCGGUAAACAAGUGAAAUGAACCCUCGUAUAGUCGAUAAACUCAAUUAACCAGCCAACUUGAAACCUAUAUGUCAUUUCUCAGACAUUUUUUUUAUCAUUAAUAUUUGCUCCUCCAGUUCUUUCUUGUUUUAAUUCUAAUUUGGAUACAACUUUUAUUAAUCUUAUUUUAUUUUUCUUGUGUUAUAAUUCCUCCUCUAGCAUGGAAUAAACAACUUUGUUAUGUACUUUUUUCACCAGCAGAUAUAUUAAAUAAUGUACUACAGCAUAUUAUUAUAAUAAUAGUGGCCGGAGCUUCACCUCUGGGGUUGCUGACGUCUAUCUAAGAUACAUUUGCAACACUAAGAAUCUUUAGUGACGAAACAUUUCGUCUGCGUCUCAGGCUUCAUCAGUCGAAUACAGAGAUGAAUCAGAAUCCUAGAAACAACAGCAGUGGUGGAAGACGAGAAACAUGUGCACAGUAGCUUUUAUAUAGGAAGGUGAAGUGUAGCAGCUUGGAGUUACUAGUGGAAGUAGAUCUUGAUAAACAUGUGUCAGUUUAAUAUAUUUAUUAUACUCAUCAUGUGGGCGGUAGUUAAAACAUUACAGAGAUACAUAAUAGGUUCAGAGACUGAAAUUGAAACUGAAAUGUCUAUUUCUCUGUAAAAGUUACAAUGUGGGGUUUACAUAUUAUACAAUAUUAAUUACAAUGUGUGGUUUACAUACAAAAUAGUUACAAAGGUCACUAGCAUGCCUAGGCAUUUUGGGCAGACUAAUACUAAUUCUUACUCUAUAUUGCAAAAGACUCGGCAGAUGUAACAUUUCCCCGAUGAAAACCAGGGGCGCCACGAGUACACUGAGAGAGAACACAAGUGUCCGGAGCCCAAGACUGUUCAAUUGCCUCCCAGCAUACAUAAGGGGAAAUACCAAUAGACCCCUGGCUGUCUUCAAGAAUGCACUGGGCAGGCACCUAAAGUCAGUACCUGACCAACCGGGCUGUGGUUCGUACGUCAGCUUGCGUGCGGCCAGCAGUAACAGCCUGGUUGAUCAGACCCUGAUCCACCAUGAGGCCUGGUCUCAGACCGAGCUGCGGGGGCGUUGACCCCCGAAACCCUCUCCAGGUAAACAGGCAAUAUUGACACAGGUUAUGGACCAUACUGCUAUUAAAGUUAGGUAACUGUAGUGAUUAAAUAGAUUUACAAUUGUGAGGUAGUUCAAAACACUUAAGAAAACUACAAUUUGUAAAUUUAGUAAUGAAAAUGGUUUUGUCUUGACAUGAUACACAGUUUAUAUUAGAGCUCCUUCAGUGGAGUAUAUUAAGCAAACUUAUGACUAGCUUAAAAAUUUAUAGGCAAUAGCCAUAUUCGGAAUUUUAUGUGUACAGUCAUUUGGGUGAAUGUAAGUGUAAAUUAGGGGGAAUCAUAUAUCGAGAGCAUUGAAUGAGUUUUGGAUGUGUGUAUGAUACUAGUAAGACAAUAAUAGGUGGUUUUCAUGUAGUUAGCUGACGGUGGGGUGUGUUAGGGAGAUAAGAUUGUUUUAACGGUAGUUUUGAAAAUGGUGGUUGAGUCUGCAAUUUUAGAGUUUUCAGGUAAGGAAUUUCAGGUUUUAGGCCGUUUUAUACAUAUUGAAUUUUUGUAUAGAUUUAGCCGGACACGGGGAAUGUCAUAGAGAUUCGUCUAGUAUUGUGCCUGUGUCCUGUCACAACUGUCAAGAAGUGUUUUAGCUCAGGGUUAAUACUGGAAUUUAUGGUUCUGUAAAUGUAGGUUGCACAGUAGUAAGUGUAGAUGUUUUGUACAGUUGAGUAAGUUUAGGUCUUUGAAGUGUGUGGGGCGGGGGGGGGGGGGGUUGCCUAGUGUUGGAUUGCUUGAUAAUUCUUACUGCGGCUUUUUGUUGUUAUUAUUGGCUUCAGGUGGGUUGCUGCUGAUCUCCAGGCACAAAUGGCAUAUGUGGAUUUUUUUAGAUUUUGCCACCGAAGUGGCUAGUUUAUUGUGCACCCUUUAUCCAUCCUGUGGACGGUAGCGCAAGAGCAUAUGGAUACACAAAAGGCCUAGGAACUAGGCCCCAAAAGGGUUAACAGGUGUACAUGUGGGUUUAUAUCUACAUAUCUACAGUUCACUUAUCUGUUACAAGCAAAUUUAGGAAAUUUGCUUAGUAUAUUUGGUAUCUUAUUUUCAUUAAUAAGAUAUCUUGACAUGUCACAUAGGUUAUUAUACUGUCUGUCUCUGUAUUCCUCAAUAAGUGGACAAUUAAGCACAUAGUGUUCAACACAGUGACCGUAUGCCUGAUCACAAUUUACAUUUAGUUACAUUAUCAUCUGUGUGUCUCCCAAACUGCCAGAAGUACUUGUAACCAAGCCUAAGCCUGGCCACUACAACAUCAGUCAGUCUGUUCACAUUGCAAGUUGCUCCAUAAACAUACUUACCUAAGUUCAUGUUAUCAUAGUGGGUUACAGAUCUACUCAGGCUUCUAACUGCAUUCCUAUAACAAUCAUUUUCAUUAUUUACUUCUCUCCUAAUGUUAUUCCUAAUGGUAGACACAGAUAUACCAAAGUUAUAUUCUACAUUCUUCUUCAGGGUACUCUUCUUGGCUAACAUACCAACUUUAUCAUGAAGGAGUAAUCCAAUGUGUGAUGGGAUCCAUAGCAAUUGUACAUUAAUCCCUUUGUCCCUGAUUUUUGAAUAUCUGUACCUGACUUCUUCAAUGAGCAUGUUGUUGGAGUAAUUAUAUGAGUCAAGAGCCUUCAAUGAUGACAGAAUCAGUAAUGAUGAUAGUCAAGCUCAGUGUCAAAAGUUAGCUUUAGCGCCAUUAGGAUUGCAAACAAUUCAGUUUGCAAUGUAGAUGCCCAGUUGGUAGGGAUAGAUGAGUGAAUAGUAUAAUGUGAGUAGGGCUGAUAGUGGCACGUAGUAACUUAUCUUUGAGAGGAUCCCAACCGUUUUGGAUACUUUUUUUUUUUUGUUGGAUAUGGGUGUGUAAUAUCAGGUUGCUGUUGAGGUGUAGGCCCAGGAAUUUGCCCUUAUUAUGUUUAGCAAUAGGAGUGUUCAGUUGUGCAUCACCUCCUCUGUUGCCAAACAUAAUAUAGGUUUUGUCACUGUUACGUGUAAGUUUAUUGGCAGUCAUCCAGGUUGAUAUUUUUAGUAGCUCUUCGUUAACAAUGGUGCUGAGUGAGGCAAGAUUUGGGUGGGAGAUGACAUAAAUAAGUAGUGUCGUCUGCAAAUUAUUAUUAUUAUAAUCAAGGGGGAAGCGCUAAACCCGGAGGAUUAUGCAGCGCCUGGGGGGGGGGGAUGUGGAAGGCAUUCAGGCUUAAUUCGGGGAACUGGAGCACAGAUCCAAUUCCCUAAAUCAAGAGCCCCUCACCAACGUCAAGGAACCUUCCUUGAGGGGUCGUCUGCAAAGAGAAUGGGUUUCAGGUGCGAAUAUCCACUAGGAAUUUUUAUUGACCUAAGAAAAGCUUUUGACACAGUAGACCACGGCAUCCUACUCCACAAACUUGACCAUUACGGUAUAAGAGGCCAUGCGCUUGCAUAUUUCAAAUCUUACCUUACUAAUAGGUAUCUGUAUGUCACUAUUAAAGACACAGCAUCAACAACACGGCCACUUGAUACUGGAGUUCCGCAGGGAAGUGUCCUUCGUCCCCUGCUCUUCCUCAUAUACAUCAAUGAUCUUCGAAACGUAUCCCAACACCUGAACCCCAUUCUCUUUGCUGACGACACGACUUAUGUCAUCUCUCAACCUAAUCUUGCCACCCUCAACACCAUUGUUAACGAGGAGCUGAUCAAAAUAUCGACUUGGACGACAGCCAAUAAACUUACGCUUAACACUGACAAAACCUACUAUAUUAUGUUUGGUAGCAGAGCAGGAGUUGCGCAAAUUAACAUUAAGAUCAACAACACUCUAAUUGCCAGACAUAAUGAGGGCAAAUUCCUAGGCCUAUACCUCGACAACAACCUGAAUUUCAGCACCCAUAUCCAACACAUAACCAAAAAAGUAUCCAAAACGGUUGGGAUCCUCGCCAAGAUACGAUACUACUUGCCGCAAAAUGCCCUUCUCACACUAUACCACUCACUUAUUUAUCCACACCUCACCUAUGCUAUUUGUGCUUGGGGAUCAACUGCAGCAACACACCUAAAGCCAAUAAUAACCCAACAAAAAGCCACAGUAAGAAUAAUCACUAAAUCCCAUCCCUGGCAACACACCCCCCACUCUUCAUAGAUCGAAACUUACUCCCUGUUCAGUACAUCCACACUUACUACUGUGCAAUCUACAUCUACAGGACCUUAAAUUCCAAUAUUACCGUUGACCUAAAACGCUUUCUUGAUAGUUGUGACAGAACCCACAGGCAUAACACCAGACACAAACAUCUCUAUGACAUUCCCCGUGUCCGACUAAACCUUUACAAAAAUUCAAUGUAUGUCAAAGGCCCUAAAAUCUGGAACACCCUACCUGAAAACUCUAGAACUGCAGACACAUUCAUCACCUUCAAAACUACCAUUAGAAAACAUCUUAUCUCCCUGCCAACUAAUUACACGAAUACCACCUGGUGGUUCACACUUACACUCACCCACCCAUUUGACCAUAAACAGAAAUAUCAAUCUCAAUCUUAAAAUAAUGAAUCCUAACUAGUCAUAAGUUGGCCUGUGAUACUCCAAUACUGAAACUAUGUAUUGUGCCAAAACAAAAGCAUUCACAUUGCUAAACUCACUAACUAGUAUUUAGUCACUUAGCCAUAAUACCAACUUGCCUCAUAAUUUGUAAUAUUUUAAAUUUAAGAAUUAAUCUAAGUCUGCCCGAAAUGCCUAGCCAUGCUAGGUGCUCUAGUGGUACACUCUGUAAUUAUUAUUUUACUAUAUGUAAACCACACAAUAACCAAAUUCUGUAAACUCAGCAUUGCAAUCCUUAUAGAGAAUAAACUUUGAAUUGAAUUGAAUAGGUUGGGAAGAUCAGGGGACCGAGGACACUUCCCUGUGGCACUCCAGUAUCAAGUGGUCGUGUUGAUGAGGUUUUGUCCUUAAUGGUGACGUAUUGAUACCUGUUAGUAAGGUAGGAUUUGAAAUAUAUAAGUGUAUGGCCUCUUUUACCGUAAUGGUCAAGUUUGUGGAGUAGGAUGCUCUGGUCUACUGUAUCAAAAGCUUUCCUGAGGUCAAUUAAGAGUCCUAAUGGAUAUUCCUUAUUCUCCAGUGCUGUGUAAAGUAGGUCUAGCAUAUUUACAAUUGCAUCGUUUGUGCUUUUAUUUUUUUCUGAAGCCAAACUGGCAGGGUUUGAGUAUGCUCUCUGCUGUUAUAAAUGAAUGUAAUCUCUUUUGUACGAGUUUCUCGAAGAUUUUGGACAACAACGGUAAAUUUGAUAUCGGCCUGUAGUUAUUUACAUCUGUAGGGUCACCACCUUUAUGUAUUGGUGUAACCCUUGCUAUCUUGAGUAGUGUAGGGAAAAUACUAGUUUCUAGUGAUUUGUUAAAUAGUAAUGAAAUAGCAAGCGAAAGGACACGGGCCGCUCGCUUGUACAAUAAUGGUGGGGCUUGAGACAAAUUCCCUGAUUUAUUUAUAAGUGACUUGUUAAUCGUGGUGACUUCAGUAGGUGCAAGAUAGGAGGAGGUUGGGAAAUUCCCAUCUUAGUAAUCACUAUUUUACUGGCGAGAUUUGAUCUAUGGUUGAGAAGUCAUUUAUCUUGUUCAAUGUAUCAAUAGGCUGUAGUUAUGUUUCAUUCGGUUUACUUAGGACAAUAUCCCUAGUUUUUUUCAGUUUGUGGGUGCCCAGAAUCUGAGUUUUUUCCAGGUCCUUUUUAAACUUCCUCUUGUUUCUGUGAAUCUGCUGGAAUAGUACAGUUCCUUGGUCUUAUUAGUUUGGCGAGAGCUGAUGCAUAGUGUUUAAUAGUAUCUUUGUGUAUUAAGCCCUGUCUAUAUUGCUUUUCAUAUUGAUGUUUCUUAUCAAUGGAUCUUAGUAUUCUGUUAGUUAGCCAUGGGCAACCUAGCCGUUUAUUUGUAAUCUUUCGUUUUUAUAGGACAGUGUUUGUUAUAUAGUCUAAGUAAUGUAUUAAGAAAUAUGUCUGUCCAAUCAUCGAUACCAUUGGCAUCGGAGAAUUCUGUUGGCCAGUCAUCCGUCCCAAGCCCUGUUGUGAAGUUACUUAUUGAGGCCUUUUCAUGGAGUCUAAAAGAAACUUUGAUGCACUGGGCCGCAAAGUUUUGAUAGCUAAAUGAGUUAGUGAAUAUGUAGUAUUUAUAUGUUUAUAUCUGGUUACAACUGUAAUGAGUUAUUUAUGCAGACAUGAAUUAAGUAAAAAAUAUUAUAGUAAGGUAUGCUUGAACUUAAAGAAGUUUAAGUGUUUAUGCGCUAUUUACAAUAGGCAAAGUCCAGAAUGGUUGGAAAUAUGCCACUGAAUAAAAUACUAUGACAUUUUUUGAACAAUUCUGAAUUCAUUAAUUUUAUUUGAGUCCAGCGAAAGAGUUCCUGAAGACAUCUCUUUUGCUAACAUUUCAAAUUGCUAACGUUAUUGGCGAAACGUUUUGCAUGCAGUGAAGGCGAAACGUUUCGUCAGUAAAGAUUCCUAGUGUUGCAAAUGUAUAUUACUUAUCACUUUGUCAGUAUUGUAUACCAUUUAUGAUAUGAGACGUCUCACUUUACCCGGUCUGUUGUUGGUGGCAUCCUGGGGGACAAGAGUAAAGUGCCUCAGUGGAAAUAAGACAGUCCUCGAAGACACUCUGAUGUUAUUGGAUACUGGGUUACCCUGGAUGGCUAACCCUCCAGGUUAAAAGUCCUAACGAAUAUCUUGGUCAGGGCGCCAUACAUCAGUUCAUUCUAGGUCAUGAGAAAGCCUGUUUUUUUUUUGUGUGGAAAAGGACACUUGUGUACAUUUCAGGACUAUAGUAAUGUUGGUAGAAUUACUAAAGGAAGUGUUUCGCCACUCGUGGCGAAACACUUCCUUUAAUAAAUGUCCUGAAUUGUUCAUAGGUGUCCUUUUCCUCAGUUUUUCGAUAUUUCUUACUUUUACAACAUGUAAGUUUAUUCAGGUACAGGUACACAUAAAUACAGUUACAUGAAUUAUCAUACUAUAGCAGUAUAUGUGUAGAUUACCUAGGAUAACCCAUAUAAGUCAGUGACUUAUGUACAUUGGGAUUCUGUUGUUGUUGAUUGGAUGUCUGGCUGUGCUGGGUUUAGGCAAGGGGGUCCAGCUGACCUAAUUGGGAAUAUUUUGGUUCCUUUAGUUUCUGAAGAAGUAACGUGUUUCCGUCCCAUUAUCCGCAGAGAUUUGGGCAAAAUCUUCGCCAGAUUUCCGGUAGCCGGGCUCAUACAGCACAUGCCUUCAUAGCCCUAUAAAUGAGACAACACUGGGCGGUAGGGAUCAAUACUGCGUAAGAUGCCAGUAGCCCUAUAACUCCCCACCAAGAUAAGAUUACAACAUGGGACUGCAGCUCCAUGGUUUGAGGAUGUAUAGGAGACAUUUAACCCUUAAACUGUCCAAACAAAUUUACGUUCACAUGUGUAGUGCUCCAAAAGUAGAUCUACGUUUUUUUACAUAUUUUCAAAUAUAACAAAAAAAGUAGAUGAAAGUUUUUUACACGUUUUAAAAUGUAAAAAAGAAAGAAAAGAAGAUACGGUUUUUUUACAUUCAACUGUUGAAAAAACGUAGAUCUACGUUUGGACAAUUUAAGGGUUAAUACGCACAGUUAGUCUAACUCCUUCCGCUUUGGUCGAGGUUUCUUUUUCCGGGCACCUGAAGGCAGGACUCUAUACGGCGUAGACUCAGUGGCCCUAUAAACCCCAUCUAUAACAAAUGCAGCGCCACUGAUUGGGCGCGAGGUUUAAGUUUAUUUAGGCACAGGUACACAUAAGUACAAUUAUCAUACAUAGUGUACAUUAUCUAGGAUAACUCAAAAAAGGUCAGGCAAGUGACUUAUUUUCAUUGAGUUACCUGAGCAGGUAGUUUAUUAUGCGACGCAGCUCGUCCUGUGAGCGGCAGCGUAAAAAAACGGGAUUACAGAAAAUUAAAAUAUUUAUUUCCUUGCAAAGCUUACAAUGUGUAGUUUACAUAUUAUAAAAUAUUAAUUAUAAAGAAGGCUACUAGCAUGCCUAGGCAUUUCGGAAGUCACAAUAAUAAUAGUAAUAUUUAUUUCUACAAGUACAUGUACAAGGUAUACAAGCCUAGCUGACAUCAGUGACAUAUACUAUAUAGAAAGUCGUUUAUAUAGCGCAUUUCGGGCAAAUUAGGUCAGUUUUGUCUCAGGAUGCGACCCACACCAAUCGACUAACACCCAGGUACCUAUUUUACUGAUAGGUGAACAUGGACAGCAGGUGUCUAAAGGAAACACGUCCUAAUGUUUUCCAUCCAUACCGGGGAUCGAACCACGAACCUCAGUGUGUGAGCUAAAUGCACUAGUAGUCGAGCUGUGAGACACAGUUCCUCAGAAAUGCUGCACUACAAAGCUAAGAAUAAGAUACGAAUGUCCUAAGAUAAAAACAAACGUAGCAACAUGUAAUAUCUUCAUAUAUAAAAAAAAUGAGAUUCUGGCCCGAAGCUUUAUGCUUUAUUAGACUAUGUUUCAGGGUCUUAAUUGUUAAUGAAUCACUACCUGUCACCCAGUCUACACAAAAAAAAACUAACAAAAAAUAUUAUGAUGGUUCACUGUCUGUUGUUUAUGCACUAUUUAUUAAAUCCAUCACAACUUCUUUGUUAUAUUUCUAAGUUUGUAAUGUGUUUUGCUUAUAUAAUAUUUAUGUCUAUUUAUUUUUUAUUUGCCUUUUUUGCAUAAUUUCAGUUUAUUAGUUUCUUUACCUGUUUUAAUUAUCAACUCUCAUACAAUAAUAAACAUUGCUUAUGUAUUUGUAUUUGGGUUUGACGAAUUAAAAAUAAAAAUUAGUUUUUUUUUUAAUUAUAUGUUUUAAUGUUUGUGUCCCACAUGCAAGGUCGGCACAGAGUUUGUAGCAACUUAAGCCAAUUUUUCUUUUGACACCUGCACCUGUCCCUUUAUUUAUGUAAAGGUUUUUAAGAUAAAAACCAUUUUAUAUGAUUUUAUUGUUUAUUUCAUUCACUGCAGCCAUACCUUUCUCCUACACCUUUCCUCUUGCAUCUCUGUACUUCCUCACCUUUUCUCCAACACCUCUUUCCUCCCAAUUUUCUUUGUAGAAUUCACUUGUUUCCUUAUGAUUAAUAGCAAUGUUUUUUUUUUUAUCUCACUCCUUUGAUUUUUGGCGCCCUUUAACUUGUGCACCCUGAGCCAGUGCCACGUUGACUCACCCCUUAAGCCAGCCCUGCAUGUGUGUUAGUCAUAUAGUACAAA